AUGUCUUCAACUCCUCACAUUGGGCCUUGGAGAACUCCAGCAGAAGGCCACCUAACCUCGGAUGCCAAUGGAGAUCCACAGACUGACUACUCGCGCUGGCGAUUGCUCGACGAAGAAGGCCGCCAAACAUGGCGGUAUCUCGAGUCCGAUGCCGAGCACGAAGCGUGGCCACAAACGAUAGCUGAUAAAUAUCACCUGGGACUGCCAACUGGUCUCCCUGAGCUACCAGAGGCUAAAACGCCAUUGGAAGCCGCAGAGAAUGGACUGUCUUUCUUCUCGCACCUUCAGCUUGAGCCUGGAAACUGGGCUUGCGAGUAUGGUGGCCCCAUGUUUUUGCUACCUGGUAUCUUGAUCACGUACUAUGUGACCAAAACCCCUAUUCCUCCUGAGUAUGCGACGGAGAUUAAACGGUAUUUGUUUGCUCGCCAGCACCCAGAGGACGGCGGAUGGGGUCUCCAUAUUGAAGGUCACAGCUCUGUCUUUGGCACAUCCAUGAAUUACGUCGCCUUGCGCUUGAUCGGCGUCAACGAGGAUGACCCACGCAUGAUCAAAGCUCGGGGUCUGUUGCACAAAUUUGGAGGUGCCAUCUACGGACCGCACUGGGCCAAGUUCUGGCUCAGCAUCUUGGGUGUGAUGGAGUGGGAGGGCGUGAACCCAGUUCCUCCUGAGAUCUGGCUACUUCCCGAUUGGGUCCCUUUCGCUCCCUGGCGGUGGUGGAUUCACAUGCGCCAAGUGUUCCUCCCGAUGUCAUAUCUGUGGUCUAAGCAGUGGUCGCACCCUCUGGACGACUUGACGAAGCAGAUCCGCGAAGAACUGUAUACGCAACCAUACGACUCUGUUGACUUUGCCGCGCAUCGCAACUCCAUCCACGAAACCGAUAAUUAUUACCCCAAGACAUGGUUGUUGAAUGGCGUGAAUGAGCUACUGGUCCGCAUCUGGAACCCGUACCUGCGACUCCCAGCCAUUGUCAAGCGCGCCGAAGAUUGGACCUGGGAGCUGAUUCGCAUGGAGGAUGAAAAUACCAAAUACGCAGGUCUGGGACCUGUCAAUAACCCAAUGAAUAUGGUCGCAUGCUUUAUUCACGACGGCCCUGACAGCUACUCGGUUCGCCAGCACCGCGAGCGGCUCAAUGACUACAUGUGGGUCAAGGGCGAGGGUAUGCUCGCAAAUGGCACGAACGGCGUGCAAGUCUGGGAUACAGCAUUCAUUACACAAGCCAUCGUCGUUGCCGGUUUUGCCGAUGAACCUAAAUGGCGACCCAUGCUCACGAAGGCUCUGGAAUUCCUUGACGACCACCAGCUCCGUGAAAACGUGCCAGACCAGGAAAAGUGCUACCGCCAGCACCGUAAGGGCGCAUGGCCAUUCAGCACCAAAGAUCAAGGCUACACAGUCAGCGAUUGUACAGCCGAGGGUCUCCGCUCCACCCUCCAACUCCAAGAAAUGCACAACUUCCCCAAGCUCAUCCCCGAGCAGCGUCUCAAAGACGCCGUUGAUUGUCUUCUCCUAAUGCAAAACCCCAGCGGUGGCUUCUCAGAGUACGAAAUCACCCGUGCCUCCCCCAAGGUCGAAUGGCUCAACGCUGCUGAAGUCUUCGGCGGAAUCAUGAUCAGCUACGAUCACCCAGAAUGCACCACCGCCUCAGUGACUGCCCUCUCCCUUUUCAGCAAGUUCUACCCCAAGUACCGUGCCGCUGAAAUCCUCGAAGCAAAGAAAAAGGCAGUGGGACACAUCAAGCACGUGCAGCGCGCCGAUGGAAGCUGGUACGGCUCAUGGGGCAUCUGCUUCACCUACGCCGCGCUCUUCGCCCUCGAAAGUCUAGCCAGUGUCGGCGAGACGUAUGAAACAAGCGCCGACUCCAAACGAGGCUGUGAUUUCCUAAUCGAAAAGCAGCAAGAGGACGGCGGCUGGGGUGAAUCCUAUCUUAGUUCCGCGACACACCAGUACGUCCAGCAUGAGAAGUCGCAAGUGUGUCAGACUGCUUGGGCUUUGUUGGGUUUGAUGGAGGCCGGGUAUCCACACAAAGAGCCCUUGGAACGGGGUAUCAAGUUAUUGAUGGCCCGUCAGCAGAAGAAUGGAGAGUGGUUGCAAGAGGCUAUUGAGGGCGUUUUUAACCAGUCUUGCAUGAUCUCUUAUCCUAACUAUAAGUUCUAUUGGCCUAUUCGGGCUCUGGGCUUGUACAGUCGGAAGUUUGGGAAUGGUGAACUUGUGUAG